UACGCUUCUUAUUAUAAACCCAACACAACACCCUCUCCGUAUCCAAACAGAGACUCGUAGUUCUCUUCUUUCUUCUUUCUUCUUUCUUCUUUCUUCCAAGUGAGUCACACAGAGACUCUGUUUUUGGGGGGGUUUGUUGAAUAUUGUUGCUAUUCUGAGUGAUGGGUAUGCCCUGCCGGUGUUCUCACACCUCACACAUAACAGAGAUCAUAAUCACAAGCUUCUUCCGCCAUAAGUCUUAGAUCCUUUGCUUUAUUUCUCAUCUCCAUGGCUCCUUGAGAAAUAUAUCCAUCUCUAUCUUCCAUUCCUUUUUCUUUUAUCCCUUAACACACAUCGUCACCCAUGGCGGGUGGGAGGCUCUUCAGCUCUGCCUUCUCCAACACCAACAACAGUAACACUCUUCUUCUUCAUCAGAACCAAGCUUCCCAGCCUCUUCCUCCUCCGUCUCUCUUCCUAUCUUCAUCACUUCCUUUUCUCGGUUCUCGAUCCAUGGUGAGCUUCGAAGAUGUUCCAGGAGGGAAGGGGUGUAAAAAUGGGUCGUUCUUCCGGACAUACGACCCGGCGGAGGAGGACGGGGAGGAGAGCAUGGAGGAGUACUUGACGCAGCCGGCGGAGAAGAAGCGGCGGCUAUCGGCGGAGCAAGUUGAGUUCCUGGAGAAGAGCUUCAAGGAAGAGAACAAGCUGGAGCCAGAGAGGAAGACAAAGCUGGCUAAGGAACUUGGGCUGCAGCCGCGGCAGGUGGCGAUAUGGUUCCAGAACCGCCGCGCACGGUGGAAGACGAAGCAGCUGGAGAAGGAUUAUGAUUCCCUUCAGGCUACCUUUGACACCCUUAAGGCCAACUAUGAUAACCUCCUCAAGGAGAAAGAUCGCUUGAAAGCAGAGGUAGCAAGGCUGACGGAGAAGGUGGUUGCAAUGGAGAAAGAAGGCGAAGACAAGAGUGAAAGAAAGGGAAUGCAGGAGGCAACCGCAGCAGCAGUUUCAUCAGAAGGCGAAGGGUCCAAGAUAUCAGUGAAGAGUGAUAUGUUGGAUUCCGAUGACAAUAUAAAUAGCCCCUACUACCACACAACCUCUGGAAUGUUCGAGGCCGAUCAAUCGGAUCUGUCACAGGACGAGGAAGAGAAUCUCAUAAGUCGGAGCCUCUUGCAUCCAUACCUCAUCUUCCCUAAACUUGAGCAUGUUGAAUACUCCGACCCGCCUGAGACUUCAUGUAACUUUGGAUUCGCUCAUGAAGAUCAUGCUAUUUGGUCCUGGUCUUAUUGACCAUUACUCUCAUGUUUCAUAGUGUAAAAUCAAUCCACCUAUUUAGUUGUGCUUUUCUUUCUUGCAUUGUAAUCGAUCUUUUGGUUCAAAUGUAACUAAAUAAUGUCUCCUAGUUAAGGUUGUAAACUAUGAAAUGGAUUUCAUAAGAGUAAUUUUAACGAGAAAAGCAUCUGGUUUCUUCUGUCUCCA